UAGCUCAAGCCUCUCGCCUGCGCCCCACUCUCCGUGUCCCGCGUCCUAGCCGACAAUGGCAGGGCCUCUGCGCGCCCCGCUGCUCCUGCUGGCCAUCCUGGCCGUGGCUCUGGCAGUGAGCCCCGCGGCCGGAGCGAGUCCCGGGAAGCCGCCGCGCCUAGUGGGCGGCCCCAUGGACGCCAGCGUGGAGGAGGAGGGUGUGCGGCGUGCCCUGGACUUUGCCGUCAGCGAGUACAACAAAGCCAGCAACGACAUGUACCACAGCCGCGCGCUGCAGGUGGUGCGCGCCCGCAAGCAGAUCGUAGCUGGGGUGAACUACUUCUUGGACGUGGAGUUGGGCCGAACCACAUGUACCAAGACCCAGCCCAACUUGGACAACUGCCCCUUCCAUGAACAGCCACAUCUGAAGAGGAAAGCAUUCUGCUCUUUCCAGAUCUACACUGUGCCUUGGCAGGGCACAAUGACCUUGUCGAAAUCCACCUGUCAGGAUGCCUAG